UCCCGCCCCGUGGCUGAGGCGGCCGGCGCUGGCCGCGGUGCCGGGCGGAGCAGGGUCGGUUUUGUCGGUUUUCCCUCGCCAUGGCUGUGUGCAUGUGCCAGGCUGUGCUGCCGGCCCACGCCGGGCCCCGCGGCGAGCUGGGCGCCGGGCCGCUGCUGCGAUGGAUGGACGCCGCCGCCUGCCUCGCAGCUGAGAAACAUGCUGGGGUGUCCUGCGUGACUGCGUCCAUGGAUGACAUACAGUUUGAAGAGGCUGCCAGGGUUGGACAAAUUAUUGCCAUCAGAACAAAGGUGAAUAGAGCGUUCAAAACCAGCAUGGAGGUUGGCAUCAAGGUGACAGUACAGGAUGUUUUGAGUAAYGCUGAAAAAAUUGUGAGUGUGGCAUAUGCAACAUAUGUGGCCAAACCAYUUGGUGUUGGAAAGGUUGAGUUAAAACCUGUACAGCUUCUGUCUCCAGAAGACCACCUGGAGCACAGCCUGGCUAAUGAGAGGAGAAGAAUCCGUCUGGGCUAUGUCCAGGUCUUUCAGAAGAUAAUGCAGGAGAGCAAUGAGGAAGAUACUUGUGAAGAGAAAGAUGCAGUGUCAACUGAGCAUACCCAUGUACAGAGCACUGAGCUUGUCCUGCCUCCUCAUGCAAACCAUCACGGAAACACUUUUGGUGGCCAGAUCAUGGCUUGGAUGGAGACAGUGGCAAGCAUUUCAGCAAGCCGCCUCUGUCGCUCACAUCCCAUCCUGAAGUCAGUCAACAUGUUCAAGUUCUGGGGGCCAUCCUUCGUGGGUGACCGCCUCGUCUUCAACGCCAUUGUCAACAACACCUUUCACAACAGUGUGGAGGUUGGUGUCCGUGUGGAGGCGUACAACUGCGAGGAGUGGAUCAAGGACCAGCCUCGGCACAUCAACAGUGCAUUCCUCAUUUUCAGUGCUGUGAAUGACAAAGGGGAGCUGCUCAACUUCCCCAGAGUCAAACCUAGCACACAGGAUGAUGUGAGGAGGUACCAUGGAGCGAUUGCCCGGAGGAGGAUCCGACUCACCAGAAARUGCAUGUCUGCUAAAGGAGACAGACCUUCUGACACCUGGGAGACCAGCAAUCAGGCAUCUUUGAGUUACAGCAACAUAGAUGCACUGACACGCCUGGCAACAACAUCAGGGUGGGACAUAACCAGGACCCUGGAUAAUGUAAAAAUCUGGACCCAYGAGGAGGGUGCUGUGCUGUCAUUCAAGGUGGAGAUGCAGGUGAAGRUCCCUUCCCACGUCGCCUUCUCCCUCCUGUCCGACUUCAGGCUCCGCCAGCGCUGGGACAGGCACUUCCAGACUUGCAAGGUCCUCCAAGAUGUGAGUGAGGAGGAGAAAAUCUAUCACAUCACAUCUCCCCCCAUGACUGGCCACAAACCCCGAGACUUCGUGAUCCUGGUGUCCCAGAGGCAGCCCGACAGGCCACAGGAGCCCUACGUGGUGGCUGUGAGGUCGGUGACCCUCAGGGGGAUGUCCCCGAGCCCGGAGUUCUGCAGGAGUGAGAUCCUCUGUGCCGGCUUCCAGAUCCACAGCAGCAGCAGCAGCUCCUGCACCGUGUGUUACUUCAAUCAAGUGACAUCAGGAGUUAUGCCUUACUUAGCUGCAAAUCUUACUGGCUCAUCAAAAUCCAUUGAAGACACUGCAUUGGAAUGUAUAAAGUUCUUGGAGCUGAAUGAGAGCAAGUGCAGAAGUUAAAAACAGGACAUCUGAAGAUUAUCAAGCAGUUCUGGUUUAAAUUCCUGCAAGGGUGUUGAUCAUUCUCCUGUAGGUUACUUACUUUGGAUCAUGUAGCCAAUAUUGGGUUUCAGCCCAAGAAUACCUAGUACAAGCCUUUUCUAUCAAACCAAGCUUAGGCUUUAGGCUCUAAAUUCAAUUUUUAAUUUAAAAAAGAUUAAGGGACAGAUUCUGCUUUUGAUUGCAUUAAUGCAUUUUAUAUAAAUGGAGGCAGAACUUGGCUCAGUAGAGCUGUAGCUCAUGAGACUAUUUCCUUAUUUUAAUGUUAUAUUGAACAGAGUGGCAUCCAGGCAGUUGUAAAUCUGUAAAUACCACUYGUAAGCUGCAGAAACCAGUGCUACCAAGUAGCUGUGCCAGUGCUCUGACCUGGCUGUGCAGGUCCAUUAUUUAUAAACUGAUUACAGCACAUGUAAAUUAGUGUUUGCUAAUGUCUCUACUUUAGAACUCGUCCAUUCACACGAGUCCCAAUAAAUUAUUGUUUGUGAGGUUACAAACUCAUUGCAGUAUUUGUGGGGUGUAGAAGGCUGCCCUGCAGUGCUGGUGGCGUCUGCAGGAGACCUGAGCUGCAGUCUAUGUGCCAGAGUGGAGUAAAAUCCCAGCAGCAGCAGCUCCUGGAUUCACUUUUGGCCCACAGAAUGGGGAUGGCUCCAGAGGCUGUGUCUGCUGUCGGCUGCUCCUGUUUUGGCUCCAAGAGGACUGUUCAGAGGAAUGAGAAYGCUCAUCAUCAGCUGGAUCCUGGCACAGACCUGGGGCUGAGGGGAUCAAARCCCAUGAGCGUGAGCUGCAGCACCAGCACUCGAUGUCCCUGCGGUGUCACCAUUGCCAGGGUGAGAACUCUCGGGGGCUGGCACAGCUCCCACUUGGACACACCCUCAGCUGGACCGAGGGCCAAAGCAGAGCCUUGUGCAGGGACUCACAGGCUGCAGAACAUGCUGGCACGGUGUGCAUGAGGGAAGGAAGUGCUGUAAGCCCUGGGGUGUC